GGAAUUGAUGCUGCUGCAGUUGGACUUCUCCGUCAGCAAAGCAGUUAGCAUUCGCGAAUGUUAGAAUUCGUAGGCUAAAAAAUAUUCUGAUGAGGUAAACAGUCAAACGCCUCAGAAUAUUAUGCGACAUAGCAGACGCAGGCCUCCAACAACCUUUCCAUGUUUUUCACGAGAUAGGGUGUGUGGUUAAGAAGCUUAAAAUGCGUUUAGCUUGAGGCCAUGUUGUAACUCUCUAUUGACGCUCUAGAAUCUGAAUCAUCUUUGUGUUCAAGUGCGAAGAGUUGAUGUAAGCUACUUGUGUUCAAUUUGUCUGCGUGAUUUGCCAUUUCCACAUCAUUCUCUUCGUAAGCGUUUUUUACCAGCUCCAUGUUAAAGUAGGUCGACAGUUACUGCGGGUCUCGUCUCUCUUCUAAAAUCAGCCCAGGCUUUUUUUUUGCACCUGGCACACCAGCUUUGAAUUCUGUUCUUCAACGGACUCUUGACUCAUAUGUGGGUGCAAGUGUCGACGAGGAGCAUUUCCAAUGUCGAAACCACUGUGUUGUUGUGAGAUAGCGGGGGCAUGGAUAACGAAGCCUAGACGAACCGCUUGGCUCAUCCAGUGCAAGGAGGACUUGAAAGCGGGCAUAACAUGACUCGUAAGUGAUGUCCAUGGUACUGUAGCAGCGACGAAUAGAGUUAAUCGGUGGCCUUUGACUGCUUACACUCCGCCUCGUCUGUCUUUUGCGAGAGGUGAAGGUCACAGCUGCAGCCCAAGAGUUUCAGGGAAAGAUUUUGUUAUUCAUGAUCGUCAGUCGUCAGUACUGCAGCCUCUGCGUGCUUAUGCACAAUGACUUGUACACAUUUCGAAAGAAGAAGAAGUAGUAGUAGUAGUAGAAUCAGUAAUAGUCAUAGUGCAACGUAUAUGUAGAGAAGCAAUGGCAUCAAUUUCCUGUUGUACACACAAGGUCUUUAAUCUGUAUGUAGCUUUUCCAGCAAUGAACGAGGCAGAAGACCCACAGAGCUGCUAAACCCUAAGGUUGGAUUAUAUCAGAGGAGGUACUCGAGUUGAUUCUGGCUGUGGAUGAGCAUUUGUUGCCAACUCUGACAUUUGAAUGUGACGCGUGAGCUGUGGGAUCGUCGAGGUUUGGAAGGAGAAUGAAUUGUGAGUGUUUGGGUUCUUGAAAAUUGGGUAGCGAUUGGGUUUGUGACUUUUAAUAGGGUUUCAAAUGGCGACAUUGGCAACGGGUGUGAGCUCCAAGCAAACUCUCGUGCAGUCACAAUUGAGUGUCUUCGGCAGUCGUUCAUCACAAAACAGUAAAUCGGAUGUGCGGCGAUGGUCACACAGACCCGCUCUUUCGAGCUGCUUCUCUGGGCCUCGUUGUGUGGGGUUAUGGCGACAACACAUUGAGCAGUGUGCACCACUUCGUUCGGAAUCCUCAAAAUUGAACAAGGAUUGCAUCAGAUGCAACGCUGAAAUUGGCUUCACUCAAUAUGGCCAGCCACACACAUCUGUGCAGAAUGCACUUGCUAGCAGAAGCAAUUUGUGUGUGGAGUUUUUCUACCCAUCUUGCUCUUCGAAGACGGCAAAGCAGUCGACGAGAGUCUAUUGUUGGUCGAGUCAAGGUAGGCAGGCACAUGAGAAGAACAAUGUAUACUCUGGGAACGAUGGAUACCCUGCAGUGGUCAAUGUACCGUAUGUAAAUUGGUUUCGAGAAGCCUGGCCUUACAUUCAGGGGCAUCGCGGGAGCACUUUCGUGAUUGUCAUACCCGGCGAAGUUGUUGAAAAUAGAAAUGCUCUUGAGAGUAUCCUUCAGGACAUAUCUCUUCUUCAUGGACUUGGCAUCAAGUUGGCCAUUGUGCCAGGCUCACACAUCCAAAUUGACAAGCUCUUGAAAGAAAGAGGGCUUGCGCCAGAGUACGUGGGGGCUUAUCGAAUUACCGACGACCAAGCCUUGCAGGCUUCAAUGGAAGCUGCUGGCAAGAUUCGUUGUAACAUCGAAGCGAAGCUUUCGAGGGGACCUUCUAUUCCAAUUCUCCGACGUCACGGUUCCAGCGACAGACGGCAUGAAGUGGGUGUGAGCAUCUCAAGCGGCAAUUUCGUUACUGCCAAGCCAAGAGGCGUGGUGAAUGGCAUUGAUUUCUUAUCCACCGGAGAAGUGAAGAAGAUCAAUGUUGCCCGAAUCAAAGAACGGUUAGACAGUAACUGCAUUGUAAUUCUCAGCAACUUGGGAUACUCGGCCUCUGGCGAGGUCCUCAACUGUAACACUUAUGAGGUGGCAACAGCUUGUGCAAUAGCCCUUCAAGCCGACAAACUUCUCUGCUUAUUGGAUGGCCCUGUAUGCGAUGAAAAUGGGCGUUUAAUAAGGUUUAUGACCUUAGAAGAAGCAGAUAAACUUAUACGCAAGCGUGCAAGGAAGAGCUAUACUGCUGCUGACUACGUGAAAGCUGUCGCUGGACCAGGGUACGUAAAAAGCUUGGGUCUUGAGACGAAGGGCAAUGGUGCUUUACUGGAGGAUGCCGAUACUAGUAACUUUGAGUUGACGAAUGAGGCCAAUGGUACAAAUUUGACUGGAGAUGAUCAGAUUGAUUCUUAUGUCAGCGAUGGUAUAUACAAGCUGGAUAGCUCAUAUAUGGCCCAGACACAGGGGUAUAGUACGACCCGACAGGGUUUUGCUAUUGGAGGACAUGAGCGGAUGGUUGGAACGCAUGCAUACUUAUCUGAGCUUACCGCGGCUGUCUUCGUUUGUCGAGGCGGUGUGGGUCGUGUACACUUAUUGAACAGUAACAUUCAGGGAGCGUUGCUGCUGGAGCUCUACACUCGUGAUGGUGUUGGAACAAUGAUCGCAAGCGAUAUGUAUGAAGGCACGCGUCCAGCUAACACAAACGAUGUGGUUAGUAUAGAGCAGCUGCUUCGCCCUCUGGAAGAAAAUGGGGUAUUGGUCCAUCGUUCUCGUGAGCAGCUGCUGCAAGAGUUGGAUUCGUUUACUGUGGUGGAGAGGGAUGGCUCCGUGAUAGCAUGUGCUGCACUUUUGCCUUAUUCGAAGGAAAAAAGUGGAGAAAUUGCUGCAUUUGCUGUGGCACCAGAAUGUCGUGGCCAUGGCCGUGGAGACACCUUGCUCGAUUAUCUUGAGAGAAAAGCAGUGAAGCUGGGCUUGGAGAAACUUUUUCUUCUUACAACCCGCACUGCUGACUGGUUUGUACAACGGGGAUUUGCGAAAUGUGAGCUCGAUGCACUUCCACAAGAGAGGCAGGCCCGAGUCAAUUUUUCACGGGGCUCUAAAUAUUAUCUGAAACAUCUACAGCUCGAUCUUCUCGAGGAUUAGGAAGGAGGCUGUGCAGGGGUUGUUCGUUGCAGUCACCUUAGGGAAUAAGGUAUCGACAUUUCGAAGACGGAACACAAUUGUGACCUCCAGCAAAUUUCUGCAUCUCGCUCAUUUAAAGUUUGUAGACAUGAGGCUCUUCGCACCCAGUCCCCAUUACCCAUAGGACGGGUGCAAAGUAUAGUGUGUUCAAGAAUGUUGCUGAGAAAUGCAGGAUGAAAUGGACGACCACCCUUCCAUUGAUUCAAGCAUAUCUAUAUCCCACUUAAUGACAUAUCUUGAAAGUAAUAGUCUUCGUUACACACAAUGCUUGAGUGCAGAAGUGCAUCGUCACUGCUGGGAUGCGAGUGUGGUGGAUUGAACUUGAGCCUCUAUGUCUGUGCUUGCGAUGCCGACCAACUUGUGAAUUGCUCCAUAAGCCUUCCAAGUCUGUUUUUUGUCACUCGAUAUUGCCGCAGAAGCAAAGACUACAUUUUAGCUGAGCUAGCUUUUCCUGCUAGACCUAUUAGCUGGUGGAAUUACAGGAAUGCAAUAAAACAGCUCCCGAACCAGUGAGUUGAAAUCA